GCCCCCGCCCCUCCCGCCCGAAUCCUGGUGCCCGGUGCCCCAGGGGCGGUCCGGCGGCCCCUCGAUGGCGCAUAAAAUCUCUGGUCACCUGCCGGGCUGUUCCUCCGUGUGCCGUGUGCCGCCGUCCGUCUGUCGCCGUCCGAGGCCCGCCGUGCCCUGCGGCCCGCGUUCCCGGAGUCGCCGCCGCCUCUGUCGCCAGCCCCGUCCGGUUUAGGCGCGGAGCCCCGAGCGCACCGCGUGGGCACCCGGGUGCACAGACAUGAGCAGAAGCGCCAAAGCGUGCUGGGCGGUCGUGGCGCUGGGCUGCGCGGGGCUGCUGUGCGCUGUGCUGGGUGCCGUCAUGAUCCUGGCGGUGCCUUCAAUCAUAAAGCAGCAGGUCUAUAAGAACGUGCGCAUCGACCCCAGCAGCCUGUCCUUCAACAUGUGGAAGGACAUCCCCGUGCCCUUCUACAUGUCCGUCUACUUCUUCGACAUCGUCAACCCCAGCGCCAUCCUCAAGGGCCAGAAGCCGCAGGUGCGGGAGCGCGGGCCCUACGUGUACAGGGAGUACCGGCACAAGACCAAUAUCACCUUCAACGACAACGACACGGUGUCCUUCCUCGAGUUCCGCAACUUCAAGUUCCAGCCCGACAAGUCCAGCGGCCUGGAGAGCGACUACAUCGUCAUGCCCAACAUCCUGGUUCUGAGUGCCGCGAUGAUGCUGGAGCAUAAGCACAUGAGCCUGAAGCUGUUCAUGACCUUGGCGUUCUCGACCCUCGGCCAGCGCGCCUUCAUGAACCGCACGGUGGGCGAGAUCAUGUGGGGCUACGACGACCCCCUCAUUAACCUGAUCAAUAAGUACUUACCAGGCAUGCUGCCUGUGAAUGGCAAGUUCGGGCUGUUUGCUGAGCUCAACAACUCCGAUUCCGGGCUCUUCACCGUGUUCACGGGGAUCCGCAACUUCAGCCGCAUCCACCUCGUGGACAAGUGGAACGGGCUCAGCAAGGUCAAUUUCUGGCACUCGGACCAGUGCAACAUGAUCAACGGGACGUCCGGGCAGAUGUGGGCGCCGUUCAUGACCCCCGAGUCCUCGCUGGAGUUCUACAGCCCCGAGGCCUGCCGGUCCAUGAAGCUCGUCUACCAGGAGGCGGGGGUGUUCUCAGGCAUCCCCAUCUACCGCUUCAAGGCCCCGGACACCCUGUUCGCCAACGGGUCCGUCUACCCGCCCAACGAGGGCUUCUGCCCGUGCCUGCAGUCGGGGAUCCAGAACGUCAGCACCUGCAGGUUCAAUGCGCCCUUGUUCCUCUCCCACCCGCACUUCUACAACGCCGACCCGGUCCUGGCCGACGCGGUGACCGGCCUGCACCCCGACGAGAGAGAGCACUCCUUGUUCCUGGACGUCCACCCGGUCACGGGGAUCCCCAUGAACUGCUCCGUGAAGCUGCAGCUCAGCCUCUACAUCAAGGCCGUCAAAGGCAUCGGGCAAACCGGGAGGAUUGCGCCAGUGGUCUUGCCACUGAUGUGGUUUGAGGAGAGAGGAGCCAUGGAGGGCGACACGCUCCGGGCGUUCUACACCCAGCUGGUGCUGAUGCCCAAGGUGCUGCACUACGCCCAGUACGUCCUUCUCGCCCUGGGGGGCGUCCUGCUGCUGGUGCCUGUCAUCUACCAGAUCCGGAGCCAAGGUCCGGAAGAUGCCGAGAUCCCGCCCAGCCCUGCUGCCCCGCCAAGCUGGCUCCCCAGCCCCUACACCCCGCUUCUUCAGGACCCCCCAGUGGGCAGCCCGCCUGCCCCACCGCCUGAGCCUCUGGGUUGCCUCACACGCGCGUCCGCACGCUGCACACGCCCCCGGCACGUGUAAGCACACGCGUGCGCAGGUGUACACACACACUCAGGGAUGGAGAUGCUGCCGAGGGGAAUCAACGAAAGAGACUCACCAACGGGACUGUGUUCCGGAACCUUCUGUCCCAGGCACCCACAGGCCCGUGGGCCUUGGGUCCUCCCUCUGGGGUGAGCCUGUUCAGCCCUGGGACCCCCCCUCCCCAGCGGCCACGCCAUCGGUCUGGAGACACUGCGGCCCCUGGCAGGGCGGGCCAGGCCGAAGGCCAGCCAGGAGCACAGGCUUCUCGUGCCAGAGCCAGUGGGCAGGGGCUGCAGGUUCAGGGCCCGGCCGGACCCAGAGCUUGGGCCUCUCUGCAGCCCCCCGGGCUGGGGCACAGCCCCUUCCUCGGGCCCCAGAAACCAGCGUGAGGGAGGGGACGCCCUGGUGGUCUCUCCAGCCCCUGCGGGACUCUGGGACCCCUUCCCUGCGGCCAAACUGACAUCUGCCCGUCUGCUGAGCCGGCCACUCCCUGGCUGGGGUGGCGGGAGGCUCUGCCCGGAGCAGCCCCUGACCAGGGCCCCCCUCUCCGAAGUGCCGGGCCAGAGGCGGGGAGUUCUGGGCCCCGCCGGCCCGGAGGUCUGGUCCAGUGUGAGCGUCCGGUCUCCGGGGCAAGCCUCUGUCUCUUUUCUACUGGAAGUAACAUGAGUUUUAUCAUCUUUUAAAAAUAAGUCACUAUGUAAGUAAUAAACUUUUUUAAAAGCAAA